UUUUAGUGUUGUACCUCACAAACGUUCAUCGUUUAUAUGUCGUUUUGAAACAGAAAUAAAUGAUACGCAUUGGGUUGUUUUACUAAUCUUCGCCUUUAUGAUCAUCUGUGUAUGAAAGACUCCUCAAGAUUUACAUUUUUGACAACAGAAGCAGCGACAGCACUGUGUGAAGAUGAUGCGUUAUUGGGGUGAGCUCCCAGUGGCUUCGGCUUCAUCAGGCCGCAGUUCUUUUGACCUUCUCCAGCGUGAGUUCCGGCAGGUGGAGAUGCAGGACCCUCCUUUACAUCAACCUUCUGCACAGCGUCCUCGUCCAACCACCAUGCUGGAUAUCCCAUCUGAGCCCUGCAGCCUAACAAUCCAUACGGUGCAGCUGAGCCAGCACGCUCGUCGUCUCCGGGGUCUCAUUGCUGCUGCCCAACAGGGCCAGCAACCCCUCCCCACAUUAUUAGAUGCCCAGGGUGCCUUUAAACCUGAGGAAGGAGAUGCUCUGCCUCCACGACCUCCCACACCCACUGUACCUGAUGAUUUGCUUCCACUAGACAGUAAAGCUCCUCGACUGCCUUUCCAGCUACGCCACAGUGACCCAGAGAGUGAUUUCUACAAAGGUAAAGGUGAGCCAGUCACUGAGCUUAGCUGGCCAUCCUGCCGUCAGCUUCUGUACCAGUCAGUGGCCACAGUGCUCGCUCAUAUUGGAUUCGAGUCAGCCAACGAGAGCGUACUGGAGACUUUAACAGACCUGGUCCAUGAACACUAUCUGCGGCUCACCAAGUUGCUGCGUGUGGCUGUUGACAGGGAGGCCUGCCAGGGUUCUACCGCCUUCCCUGAUGUAUUGGAACAGGUUUUUCACGAGUUGGGCAUCGGCAGCGUCCUGGCGCUACAGCGUUUCUGGCAAGUCCGUAUCAAAGAUUAUCACAGCUACAUGCUGCAGGUUAGUAAUGAGCUCUCUGAAGAGUAUGAUAUACUUGUGAACCCAGAAAAGGCUCUGGAGGAUUCCAAACCCUUGAAGGUUAAAGAGGAGCCAGUAAGUGACAUCGCGUUUACUUUGAGCGAGGAGCCAGAAGCAGAUCUGGCCUCAGGGGAUCAGGCCUUGCCUAUUGGUGUGUUGGGCACGUCCAGUGAAAGACUGGAGGAAGGACAUUCCCCUCAUGCAUCAGGAGCAGCGGGGAACAGCCCUCCCUUGUGGCAUUUGGCUCAGGUAAAAAUGGAACCUCAGGAUAGCGAGGAGGGCCAGGUUUCAGGUCAUGGGGUUCUGGGAAGUGACGUCUUUGAAGAGGGCCCCAUGUCCACCAUGAGUGAAGCUGGCUUGCCUCCAUCCCCUGGUGGAUCAGAAGGAAGCUACAUGUCCCACUCACCAGAUUCUCUCAUGGGCACGUCACCCUUUGCUCAGCGACCAAAGAAACGAAUUAGAAAAGUAUAGUGGUUUUGUCAUUUAAAGAGUUAGUUCACCCCAAAAUUUUAAAUUAUGUCAUUAAAUACUUAUCCUCAUGUCAUUCUAAACCCCUGAAACCAUUGUUUGUCUUCAGAACACAAAUUACGAUAAUUUAGGUGAAAUCGGAGAGCUCCCUCAUCCUCCAUAGGCAGCAAGGUUCCCGACUUGUUAAAAAACAUCCUCAGAACAAACCAUAUGGCUUCAUUGGUUCAACUUUAAUAUUAUCAAUACUGUGCUCACAUGAAACAAAAAUACUCAACAGUUUCUUCUCCUCAGUGUCAGUAUAGGACAUGUCUCGUCUCACAUCGCAUUUGGCUUCUGAUGUUUUACCUCAGAUGCACAAGUUUCAACUUGUAAACAUGCGCAGUAUACUGACACUGAGGAGUAAAACCAUUGAAUAAAGUUGUUAUUUUUGUUUUAUUUGCGUACAAAGUAUCGUUAUAGCUUGAUAAAAUUCAGUUAAUAUUCCAGAGCAUGUCCCUGAGGAUGUUUCUGAGGAUAUUUUUUGGUAUUAUACCCAAGUUUGAGUGAAUCAAAGACCCUUCUUGUCUAUGAAGGAUGUGGGAGCUCUUGGAUUUCACCUAAAAUAUCUUCAUUUGUGUUCUGAGACAAAUUAAGGUCUUAAAGGUUUGGAUACGACAUGAGGGUGACUAAUUAAUAACAUAAUUGUCAUUUAUGAGUGGACUAACCCUUUCAUUUAAGAGACUGAAAGCACUUUCACAGUCAUUGUGAUGCAUGGUCUCAACCUCUUUUGGGACUAGAUAGGUAUUCUACCUUUGAAUGGAUGUUUUAAGUGAAAUUAAACGAAACAGACAAAUGACAGGCAUGGUUGAACGCUCCCUCAGCAAAUGCCAGGCGGUCACCGUUUUACCUAAUUAUGGAAUAGGACAAUAACUGUACUUGUUUGCCAGAGCGAAAUUAGCAUCUGUUUUUUGUACCAAAACAAUGGAGGGAGCACAACAUAGAGAGUAAUUAUAGCCCGAUGUGUGCUUCAAAACACACAGGGACAUCAAUCAAGCCAGUAAUGGCAAAUUAAUUACAGCAUGCAUAAAUCUGCAUGCUAAAUAAGCAGGCCAAUUCAUUUACCUGCACAGCCCCAGACGUCACAGCGGAGGCAUUGUCUCCUAAACACCUGUACCACAACAGUUUUCCAAUUAAAAAAAUAAGUAAGCAAAUAAAUACUGGUUGAGUGAAAAUGUAGCUACUCAUCCAUAGCAAUGUUUCCAGAGGUUCAAUUUAAAGGAGAAAACGAGAAAUCUAUCUCACAGCAUCCUUAAAUGAAACCGUGUGGGCAUUCAGUGGCCACUUCAAGGGCAUUUCGAUGAAAAGCAAAACAUGAAUGUUGACUGCAGAAAUAAUCUUCCAUAUGUUUCAGUACUUAGUCUUCAAUGGGUCUUAGAAGCAUCUCUAUUAGGUAAUAUUUCAACAAGAUCCUUAUUUGUAUAGUCAGAGUAUUUGUACUUGCGUUGUGGCUUUAUUUUGAAUGGCAAAUAAACACAUUUCUGCCCAAAUUACUGUAAUAUUUUAGUUCGUAAAUAAAUGAUUAUAAAGUUCCACUUUUUAAUUGA